UACUAAGCCGAACACUCGCCAUCUCGGAAUGCUGUGCAGCCAUGUGCAAAGUUUUCCAUGCAACCCAGACAUGGAGAAUCCAGGAACCAGGUCAGGACCCCUUCAGGAAAUGGUGGUCUUGGAAGAGUGGUGCGCCUCAACAUACUGCGCGGUAUCCCCGGGGAGUCCGACCAGACCAAUUGUGCAAUGGCGAUUCAUUUCUUGCAAUGGGAUUGCGUAUCGUCAGGGCUGAUUGGCCACGUGAAAGUAUCGGUGGUAGCGACUUGAAGCCACGUUCGUGGGACACCCAAUGACACAUGAUGGACUGCUUCCGUGCCGCUCUACUAGUGCAACACCUAAACGUGGAGGAACCAUAGUCUCGAAAACGGCAGCUAGACUUGAUGAUCCUUGAUUUCCCUGUGCUCGCCGCCAUUUUAAGGACCGCGAGAGGGGGGCGAGGGAGGAUAUCCUUGUAAUGAUCCGCCUGCUUCGCAUUGAAUGGGUCAGAGGAUGCAGCUUGCAAGACUCCUGGAGCUUCAUUUCUUCUUGUUUUGGGGUGGUUCCACAUUGAGAUCUCUGGAACUCUCCUGUCACUAACUGUCAAGUCUCCUCCCAGGUCCCGCAAACCGUUUCUCCCGAGUAGUUGUUGAGCUGUAACGGCUUUGGAAUUCCGUUACUUGGCAGCUGCUGGUGCAGAAGGUGUUUAAUAAGGACCAUCCCCCAGCUCGACUUAUUCGAUCGAUCGAUCGAGGCAGUGAACACAUACCCAGAAUUCGACAAGAGGCACGACUUCCAUUCUCCAAUGGUCUCGCCAACGGGCGUAAUUGCCACCGAAUGGAGCCUCUUCGCGCUCGCUGUGUUGCUGGUAUCCGCACGCGUAACGAUGCACAUCAAGCUGAAGAACUCGAAUCUGCAUCUCUCCGAUACCUUUCUAUCGCUUGCCGUUGCGUCUGCCCUGGGGCUUUUGAUCUGCGACUCAUAUACUUACAAGGCUGGCGCCAUGGACGAGUUUGCUGAGCCGACAGUGGAGAUAUGGAAGGUACGAUUCGCAACCAACUACUUCUUCGACUUUGGGGUCUACCUCCCGAAAUAUAGCAUGUUGGCUUCCUACUACCGCAUCAUACCUCGCACAGCCCAGCAGUCGCGAAAGGCGCUUUACGCAGUGACGUUCAUCAUUGCAGUUUGCAGCAUGGUCACCUUAUUUGCAGAUACAUUCUGGUGCGGCACGGACAUAAGUAUCAACUGGUCAAACGCAAAGAGCGACUGUACGGUCUUCACAUCAAUGACAUUGGCCAAAAUGAACUGGGCGCUCCAUUUUUCGUGCGAGAUCAUGUUAUUUGUGCUACCCUUGCCGCUGAUCAACGGAUUGCGUCUCAGCCAAAGAAGGGAGAAGGCCGGAAUCCUCGUAGUCUUUCUGCUUGGGGCCAUCACGAUCCUCGUGAGCACGGCUCGAUUCACAGCCAUGAUGAUGCUUAGCAACGAUAUCAUGAUUUACAUAUUAGCGACCGCCGAAUUCACCAUAGCGAUCAUGAUCCUCUCACUCAUCAGCCUCCGUCCAUUGCUCCGCCGGAUAGGGCGAGCCGCGACCGCCUUCACCUCCCCAACGCCAUCGCGAUCGCGAUCAAACAAAGCCAGCCGUUCAAUAGCAGCGACAUUCGGGAGCCGACCCGAGAAAACCAGAUCCUUCAGCCUGUCCAAAACCCCAAUCCUGAACAGAGAUCCGUAUCCCACCAACCGGCAGUCGAGCUCCAAAGGCAGCGAUAUUAACUUGACGGAGCAGGAUCCGGGUAAAAUCUACAAGACGGAGGAGGUUAUUGUUACGUAUUCCAACUCGAACCGGGAGUUUGACGCGGAUUCCGAGAUCUCGCGAGGACUUAGUAGUCCUGAUGCGGAGAUACGUGUUAAUUCGAUGAUGGUGUGA